ACAUUUCAGUUCCUGCCGAGUCUCAGGCUGCAACUCCAACCUUUAGCACAUAUUCGCCAUAAAACAGAGUAAACUGGACCGACAGACACACAGUGGACUCCACCACACCCUCCAUCGGCGUUACAUAAGUCUGUAGGGACACAUUUGAAUAGUCAGUGAGCUCGGUCUGUCGGCGUGUUUCCACCGGAGUCCUACAGCUGUUAAGCUAGCUUGUACCUUCCAGGUUUGCCAGGAUGGUGGUGCUUUCCAAGGAGUACGGAUAUGUGGUGCUGACUGGUGUCGCCAGCAUGAUCAUGGUUGGACAUCUGGCCAUGAAAGUCGGUAAAGCCCGGAGGAAGUACAACGUCCGGUAUCCUAAGAUGUACAGCGAUGACCCAGAAAAUGGAAACAUUUUCAACUGCAUCCAGCGUGCACACCAGAACACGCUGGAGAUGUACCCCGCCUUUCUUUUCUGCCUGGCUAUUGGUGGAUUGCACUGUCCUCGUCUGACGAGUGGACUUGGAGCUGUGUGGAUCAUCGGCAGAGAGGUGUACGCACAUGGGUACGCUACAGGAGAUCCUAAAAAAAGAAUGAGGGGCGCCUUUGGGAACAUCGCUUUAAUCGGGAUGAUGCUGACCACCCUGAACUUCGGCCGCCACCUCACCGGCUGGACUGGACCGCGGUUUGGACCCUUCCGCCAUUUAAACUGUCAGUGAGGACAAAGACCUCAGGCGGGGCUCCCUCAAUCAUUAUUCUAAUCAUAGCAGCUAUACAUCGUGUAAACAUUGCAACACGUGUGCUAAUCUGUGUGGCCGGUAUAACAGUCAAAGUCAUACCAAGCUCGUGUUGUCAUGUGACCCGACCGGUUCUGCAGAAGAGAGACAAACCUAAUGUAGAUACUGGUCGUGUCGCAGGUUGGCACUCCCAUCAUGCACAGCAGCUGUCAGUUUGUCUUCAUAACUCCACCCUGAUUUAGAAGUUGUAACCAACAGGCCACGCACUUUUAAUAUCAUGUGUAUUGUUGCAAUGAAAUGGGGAAGAUGCUGUAUUACAAAAGUCAGUUCCAGAGGAGAAACUUACCCCCAAAGUUUGAUGCACUUGGGGAUAAAAUAUCACUCUAGUUUUUUCAAACUGACAAACAGAUUUUGUAUAUUGGUGAAUUACUAAAAAUGGUUAAAUGUAUUGCUUUUGUCAAUUAAAAAAAAAUCUUAAUUCCAA